UUGACGUUUGUUUGUUUGAGUCAAUUCAGAAGUCGCAAGUGAUAUGGAUGCCGAAAUUUUUAUUUCGCUGCUAUGGAACAAGUUAAGUAAUGAACCUUUCUGAUCAAAGCGAAGCAAUGGUCACAGGCGCACGAGGGCAUCAUGGAGUAUAUUGCCAUGGAUUGUGUUAUUAACGACAACUUCCCUUAUUCGAAAUCAGUAUUGAUCGAGAUCAAGGAUGUGAAACAAAUUUCCAAUUGGUUCAUCAAGGGCAAAAUUUUGAGCGACUUCAUCCAGCUGAAUGUGAAGUUCGACCUGACCCGGAACACGAUCUACGAUGAGGUGUCCGCAACUCGACUCGAGGAACUCAAACCAAAACUGUCCGAUCUGUGCUCGGCGAUCAAGAUGUUCCCCUGUCCGACACAAAAGUAUCGGUUCAGAUAGAGCGAAAUCACCCAGUUGUUGGCAUUUCUGAUUCGUCAUUCAUCGCCCAGGAUCCGUUUAAUAACAGCUGUGCGUUGAAGCGAAAUGCGUUCGAGAAGCUGCCCUUGCUCCAGGAGUACGUGCACCAGGAAUUGCGACAUAUGUAUGCUGAGCACGUUUCUGGACGAAGAGAUAGUGAGAUAGUGUUUGAAGGAAAAUUACUAUGUAAUUUUAAUCGUAAGAAUUAUUACUGCAAUGGUGGAAUAAAACAGUCUAGAAUGGAUGAAUAAGCAUAUAUUCUCUCGUAGGUAAAUUCUAAGGAUAAUCACAGGAACUGAACACAUACCACAUAUAAUUAAGUAGCCCCCCCCCCCCCCCAGCUUGUUACGAAAUGAUAUAAUUAUUGGUUCAUCAAAUUGUACACUUUUCUCUAACCGUAUUUCUGAGACUGUUGAAAAAAUAUGUGGCAACAGAGCGUGUGAAAUAAAUCAUGCUAGUUGUGUAUGUUUGGAAAUAAAAGAGCUUAGCUUGUGGAUAAGUACACC